AUGCGAAGCGGUGGUGAGGCCUCUUCGAACCCGAACCCGUUCGACCCCGUCGACGUCGCCCGCGCCUCCCCCUACUUCCGCCGAAAUCACAUCGGCAAGGUAACCUGUACCCUAUGCAACAUCUACUGCAACGACGAGCACGCCUUUAUCAAACACCUCGCGGGGAAAACGCACUCCCUCGAGAUCGGACGCCUCGAGCAGCAAGAGCUCCGCAAGCAACGGCUUUCCGAGGAGGAUCGCCUGAACGAGGUGGCCGCGCAGCGCGCGAGGGCGAAUCAGCUGCUCCUCCAGCAGGCUGCGAAGCUCGGCAAAAGCAGCCGCGCGCCCCUCCCCGCGGCUUCCAUCACGGCGACUCCGAAUAUCCACGGCGGAGGGGGGGGCGGCCUCAACGGCAACGCCGGCGGGAGCGGGCAUCUCCCGGAAGGAGGGGGAGGGGGAGGGCGAGGGGGGCUGCUCGCGGUGCAAGGGCAGUACGGGGUUCCUGUCUACUCCUUUCGCACGGAGCACGACGCCAGGGGGCGGCAGACGCGGGUGUGGCUCACCUUUCACUUCGCGAACGCGGAGGAGGGAACGCGGCCGCUGCAUCGGUGGCUUUCCGCGCGUGAACAGGCGGUGGAGAAGGCGCCACCCGGCGAGGACGCGGAUUAUUUUGUGUAUUUGCUCGUCGCCUGCGAAGGAUACACGACGGCGGCGAUCAAAUUCCCGGCGAAGGCGACGCGAACGCAGGAAGGGGACCCUCGCGGGGCGGAGGCGUAUCAAUGCAGCUGGGAUCCACUCCAAAAGACGUAUUCGCUGUUUUUUGUGAUGAGUCGUUAG